CACUGGUAAUAGUUUAUUAAAUGAACAUAUAUUUAAUAUAUCUCUUUUUAACGCUAUACAUUCACAUAUUGCAAUACGUAUCACAAUACACUUGAAAAUAUCGCAAUAUAUCGUAACUGAAAAUUACUGGCAAUAUACUUCAGUUAAGUUUAUAUUUUGGAUCCUCUUACAUAAAUUUCAGGAUGAAGAAAGGUUUUGUUUUGUAUACUGUAGAUGUCUGUUGACUACUCUUCAAUGAACUCUAUUAUGGCUUCUCUUGCAGGAAUUGCAGGAUGAAGAAAAGUAGUGUUGUAUAUUGUAGAUGUCUGUUGAUAACUCUUCAAUGACCUCUAUAUUUUGGUUUCUCUUGCAGGAGCUGCAAGGCGAGGAGAGAGAAUCCGACUUCAGAAACCGACAGAUAACUCCACGAACGUGGAACCUUCUGCACAGGCGCAGAGGAAAGCUGUCCUUCAGCCGCAGAUGUAACCAACAUGGCGGAGACACUACCGUUGUGAACAACAAGCCGCCCGAUUGGUCAGUUCAGCGAUCACGUGCUCACCCUGAUGGCGAGGGUCGUAUGAUACAGAGUGGUGUUGGGUGUGCGUCACUCCUGAACGAGACUAGGGCUAUCAAAAGGCUGUCCUCACGACAGAUCGUAGGUGCCGGUUUGGAACCCACAAGACAGGUUCACGAAAGAGAAGGCAGAACUAACUCUACACACUCAACAGACGAUGCUCAGAUAACCUCAAAAUCAGUGUCAAGAUCUCAACCUAGCUUACAUUCUACCGCGGACUGUAUCAAUGUAUUAGUUUCUUCUAACAAUUUAGUCAGUGUUAACAGCAGGGUGAGCACUAACAACAGAGCAAGUUCCAUCAGUAGAGUCAAUUCCCACCAUGUAGCUAGUUCUACUGUCAGUGUUGACGUCGUGGAAGCCCGACGCCGUCGAUGGCGUGACGGAGUGUUUUCUACACGUGAUGUAGAGUCUGCGGACCAGAGGUGCGAGAGAGCCACGGACAGUUCCAGUGCUGCCUGCGAGGGAAAACGACACUCACGAAUACACGUUAGACCGCACUCUGUCCACAUGGUCAACUUGUCUGGAACCUCCUCCGUGACCGGUCUGUCGUCUGGUGUGGACGACUGUCAGUAUCAACGCAGGUCGCCCACAGAUGCUGGAAGAACGACCAAUGACAAGAUGCUUGCCCCUGGAAAACUAUCCCCAAGUUCCAAAUAUAGACGUGCUCCCGACCCACCUUGUAAGUUAUCUGCUCCAGUACUCCAUGGCAGGAAUUCCUCUGUUUCGGCCAAUAUGGUGUCCAAUUCCAAUCACGUGUCAGCGGCGGAUCUGUCGAGUCCUGACCAUGAAGGAUGGGCCGUGGACCAGCUUCACGGUAAACGAGUCUGGUGCAUCCUUGCCGACAUGCUUUUCUGUACGUUUGAUUCAAAAGAUGCCACCGAAUCAAGGGAGGUUAUUAUGCUACCUGGUUGCAAAGUUCGCUCCCUUGUUUUCAAAAGUGCCAAACGAGGUAGUUUGGCUGAAAACAGCGUUGAAGCAGAUAACGACAGAAAGAAAACAAUAUCAGGUGUUGACAGGUAUCAGUUUCUAAUAGACAACGUGACCUCGAGGAGAAAGUAUCUCUUUGGAAUUGAGACAAAAGCUCAUCUUGACAAAUGGGUCGAAUUGCUUACUCAGGCUUGUUCUGUGGAUUCUAUUCUAACCCCAUCUGAACACUCACAUCAUUUAGAACCACCACGUGACCAGGUGGACAAUUGCGUUGCACCUGCUGCGAGUCCCUAUCUUCCAACCAACCACCGCUGUAGACGAAUGGACAUAAUGUCGAUGUCUCUGGAAGACGGCAAGCUCAGUGAGUCUCAAAAACACGACACCUUGGUCGAUUUCAAGAGAAGACUCAGACGUGAAUCUGACACCGAGAUCAAACCACAUCCUCUGAAAGCAACGCACACAUCAAACUCGAAAAAGGAUGCUACGAUCAAACCGAAAUCUAAGUCCUUUUUGAAAUUAAAGUCAUUUGGGAGUUUGGACAGUUUACUUCGAAGGCAUAAACGUUCGAAAAAAUCUGAUGUUGAUGACAACAAGCUGGAUUUGGAAGGUGACUCCAAACCAUUGAACAAUACGCGAAUUCGAAGCGAUUCUAUGCAUGUUCAUUCCGAGUCCGAUAGUCACACUGAUUCCUGGGAUAUGAGCAAUUCGUCUGAAGUUCUGAAUCCAGCCACAAGACGCAGGGCUUCUGAUUUGAAAGAUAAAAUCUUCAGUGCAAAAUGCUCACCCAGGAGUAUUGGGCUGAGACUGGACGAUCUGACAGACUUGAGGAUUUGUGGAACUCUUCUGUACAAGUUCAUGGAAAGGUGGAUAAAGAUUUGGUGUGUUGUUAGUAGAGGCUGCCUCUAUGGUUUCAAAUCGCAAGAUUCUGAACAGAGUCCCAUUGUAGCCAUUGUGUUAACCAGGUGUUCUGUAACGUACGUAACCGAUCCCGGCAAACGAAACAAUCAGCUGUACGUGUUCAGACUGAGUCAGCCUCAUUGUAAGAGUAUCUACUUGUGCGCGCAGGAGGAAGGUGAGCUUUCAAAAUGGCUACAGAUUCUCCAGAUGGAGGCUAGUCACGUCCUAGCAGACGACAGUAUUAACCUGGACACGUCCGACUUGAACUACAGCGUGGACAGUGCCUUCAGUACGAUGUCCCUGUCAUCUAGUCACACCGACCUCACUGACGCGGGUCAGAGUUCGUCCUCACAUCAAAAGACUGUCAGUGCGCUCCCCGUGGAUCAGGCAGACAGGAGCUCGUCAGGAACAGAUAACUCUAUUGACUUCACGCCGGAAGACUGGGACAACGGCAGCAAUACCAGCUCUCAAAUGGGCACGCCUGUGAUGGAGAUGAGUCUCGAGGGAGCCCCGAGGCACGAUCCCAAUCUAACCAGGGUGUGGCAGAAGGAUAAAGGAUACCUCUUCCAAGUUAUUCGCGCCAAGCUGCGACAGAAGAAAAGGAAUUCAUCUUCAGAUGGGAAACCUCCGAGUGCGCCAGGUCCAGAAACAGGGGGGUUACUUGUUCUUCAUGAUGACGACGAUGAGCUGGAUAACAAGGCUGAUGACUAUAGAUCACCUUCCAUCGGUCUCAGACGUGUCGGAGGCGACGUCUUUUGGUCUUCAGAUGGAAUCGGCGAGUCCAUGACGUCACAGCACAAAGGGACCGCCGAGACUCGGGUGCAGUCGGCAAACUCGUUCGGCGAACUACAAACGCCAACUAUGCAGGGAUACUUGGAGAGGCGCAGUUUUAAUGGACAGUGGACGAGGUACUGGUAUGUGAUCAGAGAUGAAUACCUCUACUGUUACCUUACGCCAGACGACAAGGUCACGGUUGACAUCACACAGCUGAACGGUUACCUCGUCAAUACCUUGGUGGACGAAUUCCCUGGCAAACGAUUCGUGGUUCAUUUGAACCAAAAGGAUUAUGUUCCUGUUCAUCUGUCUGUAGAGUCGCGUAAUGAGAUGGAACAGUGGGUUCGUGCUUUGGAAGAAGCUAUAAAAUUAGCCAAUCAGAAACAGGAAAUUAAUAAUGGCAAUUCUGAUGGUGUACGACAACAGACGGUCAAGCAGAAACUGUUAGCAGAAGUUCUACGGCAGAAACAAGAACUAGAGAAGAAACAAGCAGCUCGAAUGCAACGAGUGAAGUCAGCUGAUGUUGGCUGUAUUGCACACGAAAUCUCUAACGGAGAAGAAUACAUAUCAACACUGACCCGAUUAAAACAGAGACGUCUUUCAACACAGAUAAAAAUGUCAACAAUUCAGAAACAGCUAGAUAACAAGAACGGCACCAAGAAGUCAUUAUUUCACUUUGGGAAGAAGAAAGUAGAAACGAGCAAGAACCCUCAUCUGACCGAGCAGCUGAAGGAGCUGUCUCAGACUCUACAGCAGAUAGACACAAACCUGUCGGACCAGGCAGCCAACAUUGACUCAGCUUCCAGAACAAAAUCGGGAAGAGUCACCACAGACAUUAAUCUGAACAGAAGUGUUGACUCUGAGGACUUCCCUGUGUUCAAGGAACGUCACAUUGGUCGCAACAACAGCUUGAAGUCCAGUGUUCAGAGACUAGCUCAGAAGACGUUUGCUAAAGCUGGGUGGAAAAAGAACCAAAAGUCAGACAGUUCGAAACUAGAUGAGACAGAUCGGUAUUCCUCUGAACAUUCUGAAGAAAUGCAGGAUUACAUAGACUUGACAUCCACAACUCCAGACGAGCAUGGCCAGCUUUCUUUAGACUUGUCCUCUGGUGAUGUUAGUAGUGUAGACGAAGGCAGAUCCAUUCCACAGAGUCCGUGUUCCCUUCCAGACGAUAGUGUGUCAUUGUGUUUGCCCCACCACCUGGUCAGGUCAAACAGUGGGCCAGUAAUAAAUGGAUUUACUGAUGGAAGCAGUGUGGGUAGUGACACCGACAUGUCGUCACCCAGGAGGGAGGUCAAUCCAUUGGCGAUGGCACAGAUUGAGGAGUUUGAAGAUUUUUCAAGACAAAUGUUGGAGCAGAAAAGCAGUGUUGGCUAGCAUUAACUACAACAAUACAAGAUAAAACGGGCAUCUUGGUUAUCAGUGUAGGUGGCAUUUCUGAACAUUUCAUCACAAACACUGCCAUCAUGUGAAGACUGGUGAUGUAAAAGAUCAUCUGAUGUAAGAAAUGACCAGUCUGUGUUUAUUCUUGAUAAGAUGAUAUCGUCCAGUUAACAGUGGAUAGCUGGAUGAUGACUGUUCAGCACAUCAGACAGCUUCAGCAGACGUCAUUACUUCCACAAUACAUGUAGUAUAUUGACAUCAGAAACCUUCAGCAGAAGUCCAUUACUUUCAUAAUAAAUAUAGUAUAUUGACAUCAGACACCACAUAACAAACAUGUAGCAAUUCAGUAAUAUUCAUGUGAUAUAAUCAUUCACAGUGAACCAUGUACAUUUAUUAUACAGACAGUUUCUGAAUGCAUUUGCAGACUGAAAAAUCUUGGUUUACAUCCACAUUCUAACGAAAUGAAAAAUCAAAGAAUUGUUUUUUUUUAAAUUGUGGAAUUUUGUGCCACCCAAAAACUGUUCCUUGAUGUAGAGCUCUCAACACCUGUUAGUUUUCUAGACACCACAGCAUGUUUCAGAUUUAGUGUCCAAGGUCAUUCUAAUCUUUCAAAUAGGAGAUAAAAUAUGCUAAAUUAUCACUCCUUUGAUGUUUUUCUUAAUCCAUCUGAGCAAUUACAGCUAUUUUGAUCUGUUCUGUGGGGCAUACAUGCUGAUAUAACAAUUUAGUAUCCAUGAAAAGAGGUUUUAAUACAUGGCAAUCAUUUUCAUGAAACAGUAUGUACUUUGAAAAAUCUUCAGGGAUGACAAUGUGUGUACUUAUUAAAUGUGUAAUAUUACAAGAGAUAUUACAUCUUGGUGUAUAAUACAGACAAUCAAACCACCAGGUCACGUGUACAGCUUAUUAUGUAAAUAAAGAUGUGUUUGUGGAUCAGUAUUUCACAAAUGUGCAAUAAAUUAUUUUAUUUUU